AUGAGAGUGAAGAGACAGAAGAAGAACAGAAGAACAGUGAGAUUCUUCACUGUCUGUUUCGGUUUCCGACAGCCCUUCAAAGUCCUUUGCGAUGCUUUUAGCAGAGGAGAAGGAACAGCUGAAGACGAACAAUGGGAAACACCUCGAGUGGUCAGUACAAGAAAUGGACUCGAUGUGAAGGAUAGACCCCAAUUCAAGCGAAAUAGAGCAAAGGGUCCAAAUCCACUUUCAUGCAUGAAGAAAAAGAAGGUGACAGAUACCAAGAAACCUCAAUCAAAACCCAAAGCUGAAUCGAAAUCUGGUGGACAAGAGGGCAAGAAAGCAAAACUGGUACCAGUUGGUUAUGAGAUCAAGAAGCUCACGAUCAUGCUCACAAUUGUUGAUGACCUCAUGUCCCCAGACAAUCUCAUUGAAGACUACCUCACUUGUGACCCUAACAACGAGUACAUCCAGAGUGUUUACAUCGUCGCAUUCAACAAGAUCUAG